AUGGCAGCUGGUGGCUGCGCUCGGCGGGCCCUUCUGGGUUCCGCAUCUUCGCCGGCGAGAUUACUCGCCGGCGGUAUCAGGUCUCCUGCCCCUUCUUCUGCUCCGGCCUCCUGCGCCAGGAGUUUCUCCAGGCGCCGGCUUGCUCCGAGCUUCUGCCGGUAUGUUCUCGGAUCUUCCGUGGAAUCUUUCUGAUGGGGUCCUCAUUCGUUUUUUUUUUUGUUCUAAUCUGAGAACCCUACGUGCGUUUGAUUCGUAUCGGGAUAAUUUAUUCGUCUGACCAGUCCCCUCUCUAUUUCUUCUCUUGUUGUGAACGUUCUGAUGCAGGGCGCCGGUUGAGCUGGGCUGUGUGCAGUCCUUGAUGCCUUUGCACAGCGUCACUGCAUCUGCGCUGCUUACUUCCAUGCUUUCUGGGGAAAACGGGAAAUGGGCUUGGCUUUCCGAAGGUACUCUAUUAUCAACGCCUAAAACUUACAUUCAUAACAUUCGUUUCUGUUCGUUAAGCGCAUUCCCCAUUCAUUUUCUCAUAUAUGAAUACAUUCACGAACUUAUGUUGUCCACUGUGUCCGAAAUUUUAGCAUAUCAAAUCAACUUUUAUGGUCUCUUUCUGUGCCUGAUGGUUCGACGCAAGGAACUACUUUGGCCGCUUCAUCUUGUGGGCCAUUUAUUUGCAAUACUUCAUUGAUGGAUUGUUUGAUCGCGUGGAGGUUGAUUGGGCAUAAACCCAUGCUAGCAUAAAUAAUCUUGAAUCAAUGGCGCGACGACUAAAGAGAAAUUGACAUUAGUAAAUAGCCUGUUCUUGGACCAGACGUUAGCUGGAGUCUCGUGUGAAUUCUUGGUCACUCUUAUGUCACAUGCCAUUAGCAUUUUGUUGGCUUCAUAAUGCCAAGGUGCAGAGCCUUACACUGGCUAGUUUCCCUCACAACUGGUCGCUCUUCGCUGUUGGGCUGUUGUGUUUUGUAGGCACACGUGUUAUGAUACCAAUGAUUGGAGGCCUGGUCUCUAUCCUUUUUAUUUAUUUUUAAGUGGAUUGCUCCAAAAUUUUGUGAGUAUAAAAAAUGGAUGCAAUGAUAGACGCGUGUGUGUGUGUGUGUGAUCAACACUGGGAAAUACUUACUAUUCAUUACGUAAUAAAUCUCAGUGCCUCUUGAAUGUUGAAUCAAAAUGGUCUGAGCUUUGUAGAUCAUCGGUUUUGGGUUGAUCCUUAUUACUUGCAAAAUAGCUGAAGAAGAAGAGAAACCAGAGGAUGA